CCUUCCACCUGAGAGAAGCUGGAACUGAGUGCCGAGUGGAUUUUGUUUGACUCAGGAGUGAAACAGCUCUCUGAUAUGCUACAGAGUCCAAACUAUAGACUCGAAAUUGUGAGAAGUGACUUUUGGCAGUUAAAUGCAUUCACAAGAAAAACCUGUAUCUCCGACUUUAAACUGGAGCCAGAUCUGUGUGAGGACAACACCAAACUGAUGAAGCCUCCAUCAAACUUCAAUCCUGAAGUCCAAACUGAAGAAGUUUCUGCAAAAGUCUCAUACAGAUUCAAAUGUCAGAGUUCAGGUGUGUUCCAGUGUACUGUGACUGGGCUGGUGUUUGUAAUGGAGCGAGAGGCGGAGCUUCUGUACACAACUAUCCAAUGGGAUGAGGAUCUCCUUCAACCAGCUAAAAAGACUCCUGCAGGCCCGCUGUUUAGCAUCAAGUGUUCUGAGGAUGCAGUCUAUCAGCUGCACCUCCCUCACUGCGAAGCAAAGGAAGCUCUGUGUUUUGAAGGCCUGCUCUCUGUUGCCCACAUCACUGAUGAUGAUGGGAUGAACAUCUUGAAACCCCUGGAGAUCACUGAUACCCAUGUGGUGGUGAAGGUCCCCCACCUCUCUAACUUUGGUCUUCUUUGGGACACUGUGAAAAGGUUCCUGAAAAUAAACCUGCCAGUUAAUGGCCAAGUCCUGCUGUUCCACCGAUCUCCAAUACUUGAUGUGCUUCUUCUGCCGGAAAACAUCCCUCUGCCAGAGGUUGCUGCCCAACAACGAGGUGCUGAGAACAUCAGGACCUCCUCUGAGUGCUCUCUCAAUGUGAACCAAAGUUACAGCAUCCACUGUGUCCCUGAAGGCCUCACCAUACAGCCUGAGCACCAGCUGUUUCGUUUAAAGUUUGGACCAAAUUUCCAUCCAACAUUUGAAAUCUUCCCGACGGAAAACCUAAAGAAAGUAACUGUGAUGGUCCAAGACCAGGAGACGACUGAUGUCUGGAAACGUGAUGUUCAUCUGACAGUUCCAGGGGCAAGAAAAGAAGUUUUACAGAGGAAUGUUCCAGCACCAGACAGCGUCUCGGAUGAUGAUGGAGUCCAGCCACAGGACAGGCUCUUCUUAGUUCGGACACAGUUUAUUGAAAAUGUGUCUGAACCUGUUCUAGACAGGCUGCUGGAUGAACUCUACCAGCGUAAAGUUCUAAAUUAUCAUGAGAUGGAAACAGUGAAAAAAAAGGUCAGAGCAGAAAAAGCUCGAGAUGUGAUCGACAUGGUGCGAAGAAAAGGUGCUGAAGCCAGCUCAGUUCUGAUCGAUUCUCUCUGCGAGGAGGAUUCCUACCUUUCCAGAGAGCUGAAGUUACCGUGAAGCUACAACAAGAAGCUGCAGAGCUGUGAUGGUGGACCUGGAGGACAGAUGACUGAUUUAAAGUCUUACAUUACCCACUGUGGUCUGAUAACACACUUUAUCUGAUUGGAACUUUAUCAAUGAAGCAAGUAGAGCAUUAUUUUCAGCCCACACCAACAAGAUUCAAGGAGUACAUGGUUGUGAAACCACUAGGGCAGACCUGGGCAUAUUACGGCCCACGGGCCACAUCCGGCCCUUUGUGCAUCCCUAUCUGGCCCGCGUGAGGCCAAAAAUAAAUUACAACAUAGACACAUUAUAGAAACAUCUAUGUUGUGCAUGCCAUACAACUGUGCAGCUUUUAUUUUGAAAAACGUUAUGCUACUUCCGUAUUGACAUAUGCGUGUGAUGCGAGAUUUGAGUGAUGGUAAGCAGUGAUGCUAGCCAGGUUAUCCUCAAGAUGUCAGCUCACGCUAAAAAUAGAAAAGUUGAUAAUAAAUUUCGUGUUUUUAACAAGACUGACAAGAACUUCUUCUCAGAAAUUAAAGGUAAAGUUGUGUGCUGGGUUUGUAGUACACAGGUUGCUGUGUUAAAAGAUUACAAGCUGAAUCACCACUACACAACCAAACAUGAGGAGAGACACAAAAAUCUUUCUGAAAAGAGCGCAAGUGUGUCUGAUGUGUUGCUAGCAAAACUGAAAACCCAACAAAGACUUUUUACCAAACUUCAUACCAUUAGAGCUGCAGCCGUUGGGACAACUUAUGUUAUUACUCACUAAAUCACCAGCUGGCAGCCAUGCAGUCAAUGAAAGAGACAACUGCUGGUGAUGACUUUUUCACAGGUAAAUGCAUGUUGGACACAUUAGGACUGAAAUGGGACAAUCUGGCAGAUGUGACAACACAUGGUUGUCCACAUCUGACUGGGAAAAAUGUUGGUCUUUUAAAGAGAAUGCAGGAUAAAGUGAGAGAAAUGGACAUUUUUGCGUUGUGUUAUACAUCAGGAAGUGUUGCGUCAGACAGUGUUUAAGAUGAACCACGUUGUUGAUGUUGUAACUAAAACAGUUAACUUCAUCAGAGCUUCAGGUCCGCCUCACUGCUGGACUUUUAUUCCUCCCUCAAAGAAGACAACUUCCCACACCUGAGGAGGCAUGCUCAGAGGAUUCUAGUCCUCUUUGGAUCUACUGUUGUAUGUGAACAUUGUCAGUGAUGAAGUUCAACAAAACCAAACACAGAUCCUCCGUCACUGAUGACCACCUCUCAGCUGUGCGUCACAUAGCCAGCUCAGCCAGAUUUCAGUGUCCUUGUUCAAGCCAGAACAGACUGGAUUAUCUCACUGAAAAGGUAAAAUGAGGAGGAAAACAUUACAAGUCGUUGUACUGCUGCUUUUCUAUAAACUUUUGUUGUUUUUCAGUGUCUGUGGAGAUUAGUUAAAGUUAAAAUGAAAUUGCACUGAUUCAGUGAUUGUUUUUGUUUUCUUCUUUUACCUAAGCACCACAAUGUCAGUACCAGCUAUUCAUAGUAUAUCAUUUAGUGAAUUUUACAAUAGAGGAAAGCUGAACAGAAUUAAGUUCAAGCUGUCGUUGGUGAGGCCCUCUGACAUGAUUCAGGUUUCUCAUGUGGCCCCUUGUAAAAAUUAAUUGCCCACCUCUGCACUAGGGGAUGAGAGAUUACACUGAAAAGCUGGUUUCUCUUGCUCUGUUCUUUUUUCACUUUUGCCCAUCGUAGCAGGAGGCUUCCUGCUGGAGAUUAACCAUCCUUGCUGGAGAAUGUAUGUAUGAAUGUAUGAUGUAGAAACCAGUCUGGAAAUAUCUGUACAUUAAAGAUGGCAGAUGAGGCUCUUUGUUCUGUUUAUAUGAGUCCUGUACAUGUCCACAGCAGCAGGAAAUAAGUGGAAAGCAGAACACAAGUUAGCAGGAAGGACACACUAUCAGUUGCCAAUGUUAGAUAGUUACGUGUCACCCAGUUACUUUUGUAACAGGGUGACAGUAUUUGUAACUAAUACU